AUGUUAUUUCUCCAAACUACUCUCCUGUUUAUGAACUUUAUAGCACUUCUAGUGCUAGGGGAAAAAGAUCAUUCGAGCAAUCUCAAUGAAAUCCCUGAGGAAACAGCUGGUAAUAAUGAAAUUACUCCCACGCGUAUCACUACGAUGACUGCAGUGAUCUCCCCAUUGGCCUCAGAAAACAACGAAGGACUAGCGGAGUUACAAAAACUAUUCUCUCUGACUGGCAAGUCAGAAGUUGCUCAAGAAGAAUAUUCAAGUUUGCUCAAAGGUGUAGAUCGCCAUGCUCUGAAUUCCUUUAUGGAAGCUUUGCCAUGGUACUCUGAAAGAAUACUUCCGCAAUUGCAAAAAUCCAACUCUACUGAAGACUCUCCAGCAGUCGCCGUUGCGGACGCCGUAGAAACUCAGCCGGAAACCGAGCCUGAAACCGAGCCGGAAACCAGUCCAGAACCCAGUCCAGAACCCAGUCCAGAGACCACUGAAAAAGAAGCUGCUCCUCAGUCCCAACCAGUCUCAUAUGAAUAUUCGAAAACUUCAAUAAUUGUCUCAAUUUUCUGUGUUGUUUCCGUGGUUAUUCUCACAGCAUUGUUGUAA